UGGAGUCAACACUUCCUACGAAACUCUUCCUCAAACUCAACAUUUCAUUAAUUAGGUUACCUGUACUAGUGUUAAAGACAUGUACUAGCAGGUGAACAAUAGCACGAGAAUAUACAAGACUGAAGUAUGUUACAAGUAACAUAUAUAAUACAUCACACAAGUUGUAAAUAACAUUUGUAAAAUAAAGUGAAGAUGUUAGAACACAGUCAGGUGGACAACAACAGUGACGUGUCUCCUUUAUGUCACAUAUUGUGGCUCCCCAGCCGCCCUUGCGGGUUUGUGACCUUUUGUGAUACAUAUCCUUCAUGGUCGAUCACACUCGCGGAUCUUGAUCCAAGGAACUACAGUUAUCCUCAUUUAUUCUGGAUCUAAACUUACCCAAAAAUUGACCCCUACGGGUUUACGCUUCUCAGUGAUUCAUAAAGUAUUUUGUGGAAGACUACCAGGUUGUAUCUUGCCAGACACAAUGUCUUCAGUACUUCAAGAAGCACCAGUGUAAGUGUCUUGAACAACAACUGAUACUGCAGAAGUAGUGUGGAAGACUACCAGGUUGUAUCUUGCCAGACACUGUCUUCAGUACUUCAAGAAGCACCAGUGUAAGUGUCUUGAACAACAACUGAUACUGCAGUAGUAUUGUGUGGAAGACUACCAGGUCUAUAUCUUCAAGAAGGCCAACACCUGUUAUUCUUGUGAAUUUUUAACUAGCUUAGUAUUACUGAUUAAACAAUUUUGCUUUUGAUAUUGGGAAUUCUAUCUAAAAAAUUACAUGGCAGUUCAUAGAAAAAUACCAGUUAGUAAUACUAUAGAUAAAAAUUUUCAGAAAGGUCACUGUUUAAAAUAAGCACAAGAGAAAAUAAAAAUGUUCUUCAGUGUUUAUGCAAUUUUAGUACAUAUAUUAGUAUAUUAACACACAACAAAAUCAAGUUAAUCUUUUAAUACAUGAAAUAAACUUUAUCAAUGCUCAUAGGUAGAAAUAGUUUUGCCUAAAACAAAUCUUAAUGUGGGAAUGUAUUUAUGAGGAAGACUGUGUAUGUUCAGUGUCCAAAACAGGUUUUCCAAAAAAAUAAAUCUUGAAAUACACAUGAGAGUACAUCAGCAAGAUUAACUGUACCACUGUUAAGUAAUUAAAAUAUUUUAAAAUGAGAUACCUUCAUUUGAAAAAUAUGGAAAAACAUAGAGGAGAUAAACCAUUUAAUUGUUCUGAGUGUCUGAAAUGUUUUGGUCAAAAAAGCCAUCUUGUGACACAUGUGCGAAUGCAUACAGGAGAUAAACCAUAUAAAUGUUCAGAGUGUCUGAAAUGUUUUAGUCAAAAAAUCCAUCUUGUGAAACAUAUGAGAGUACAUACAGGAGAUAAACCAUAUCAAUGUUCAGAGUGUCUGAAAUAUUUUACUGAAAAAGGCAGUCUUGUGAAACAUGAGCGAGUUCAUACAGGAGAUAAACCAUUUCAAUGUUCAGAGUGUCUGAAAUGUUUUACUCAAAAAGGCCAUCUUGUGAGACAUACGAGAGUACAUACAGGAGAUAAACCAUUCCAUUGUUCAGAGUGUCUGAAAUGUUUUACUGAAAAAGGCAGUCUUGUGAAACACAUGCGAGGUCAUACAGGAGAUAAACCAUUUCAGUGUUCGAAGUGCUUGAAAUGUUUUAGUGUAAAACACGUUCUUGUGACACACAUGAAAGUACAUUCAGGAAAUAGACAGUUUCAGUGUUCAGAGUGUCUAAAAAGUUUUAGUGUAAAAAGCAGUCUUGUCAAUCAUAUGAGAGUGCAUACAGGAGAUAAACCAUUUCAGUGUUCAGAGUGUCUGAAAUGUUUUACUGUAAAAGGCAGUCUUGUGAAACAUAUGCGAGUUCAUACAGGAUAUAAACCAUUUCAGUGUUCAGAGUGUCUGAAAUGUUUUACUUUAAAAGGCAUUCUUGUGAAACAUAUGGGAGUUCAUACAGGAGAUAAACCAUUUCAGUGUUCAGAGUGUCUAAAAUGUUUUACUCAAAAAGGCAAUCUUGUGACACAUAUGAAAGUACAUACAGGAGAUAAAGCAUGUUAGUAUUUAAUAUUUCAUAAAUAUUUUAGUUAUAAACACAUGAGAAUACAGUAGGGCCCUGCUUUACGGCAUUCUGCUAAUACAGCAAUUUCAGAUUAUGACCAAAACUUGCUAUAAGGCUCCCAGUCUUUCUAAUACGGCAUGUCCCACCCGGUUUGUUUACAUUCUCUGUGAGAACAUCUCUAUAUUAUGUCUGGAAAUUUUCCAAAAUUUCAAGUGUUUUAAAGUUUUUGCAUAUUUUAUAUGUACUCUGAAAAUUAUGCAUAUGUGCAUCUGUAUCUAAAUAUACUCACAUACUGUGCUUGUGUGCAGUUACACAUUAAAA